GUUCAAAUCUCACUUCAUGGGUCUCUUCAAGACCUUUAAUUUCUAGCGCAAAUUCACUCUCCAAUCAAUAUGGCGAAAUCCCACCUCUCCGGUUGCCUGAAAUGUUCCCUGCAAACAAUCGUUCUCAGUCUUCAUUACCAUUUACUCGGAUUCAUUGCGGACUCCGUCAACUGCGGAAACGAAUUGAUUCAGUGAAAAACACCCAGAAAAUUACUGAAGCAAUGAAGCUGGUGGCGGCUGCUAAGGUCCGGCGAGCACAAGAAGCUGUCAUUAGUGGUAGACCCUUUGCUGUGGCUGUUGUCGACUUUCUUUACUCUUUAUAUCAACAGCUUCAAUUGGAGGAUAUAGAUUCUCCUUUAAUGGACGUUAGGCCUGUUAAGAAAGUAGCUGUUGUGUUAUGACUGGUGAUAGAGGUCUUUGUGGUGGUUUUAACAAUGCAGUUAUCAAAAGGGUCGAGUCCCGGAUGGCAGAAUUGGAAGGUCUUGGAUUGGAUUACACUGUGAUUAGUAUAGGAGAAAAGGGUAAUUCAUAUUUUAGGCGAAGAGAUAAUGUUUCAGUUGAUAGGUUUAUUGAAGAAGGGGGCUUUCCCACUGCAAAAGAGGCUCAAAUAGUUGCUGAUUAUGUUUAUUCACUUUUUGUUAGUGAAGAGGUUGAUAAGGUUGAGCUUGUAUAUACAAAGUUCAUGUCUUUUGUUAGGUCUGAUCCGGUGAUUCAAACUUUGUUACCAUUGUCCAUGAAAGGAGAGAUCCAAGACGUGAAUGGUAAUUGUGUUGAUGUUGUGGAAGAUGAGUUGUUUAGGUUGACAACUAAGGAAGGGAAGUUGACAGUGGAGAGGGACAGAGUGAGAGCAAUAAGGGAGGGAAUUUCUCCUCUCAUGGAGUUUGAACAAGAUCCU